AUGUUUCCCACACGCAUCCUUCUCGGUCAAGCUCGAUUGACCUUGUUCACCCGUGCCGGGUGCGGCCUAUGCGACACCGCGAAGCAUACUGUUGUCCAGCUCCAGAAGCGCCGGCCCUUUGAAUACGUGGAGAAAGACAUCAUGGAUGCUGCCAACAAGUCCUGGAAGGAUGUUUACGAGUUUGAUGUUCCCGUUCUACACGCACAGGCGGUGAAAGAUGGGCUGCCCAAGGAGGCCGAGCUCUCCGACGCGCGGAAGCUGUUCCAUCGAUGGACCGAGCAGGAAGUUGAGCAAUUGGUCAACGAGGCAGAGAAUUAA